AUGUCCAACAUCGUGCACCACUUCAGGCCCAACCUCGGAGAGUUUGAGGCCAUAUACCAGUCGAUACACAAGAAUGCCGAGCUGUCAAAGAUGGAGACACAAACCGCACGAAAGAUGGCGGAUUAUCUCUCCAGUUUGGGAUUUGAUGUCACCGAGGGCGUGGGUGGAAACGGCGUGGUCGGCGUGCUUCGCAACGGCGAAGGCCGGUGCGUCAUGCUGAGGGCUGAACUCGACGCCCUCCCAAUCAAGGAAGCUACAGGCCUGCCGUAUGCCUGCAACAAGAUGAUGAAGGAUAUCUGGGGCCAGGAGCAGCCUGUGAUGCAUGCCGCCGGCCACGAUCUGCACAUGGCAAGCUUGCUGGCGGCUGCGACCCUCAUGAGAGACGCUUCGGAGCAUUGGCAGGGGACUCUGGCUAUGGUGGAAAAUGGCUUGUACAACAUCGCCCCGGUGCCCGAUGCGAUAUUUGGCCAGCACAGCGGCCCUUUUCCCGCCGGACACGUCAACGUUCUACAAGGUCCCGCUCUCAUGUCUGCGGAUACCGUCAGGAUCAAGCUGUACUGCUCGCUUGGAUGUCAGGCCAACCCUCAACACAAUGCCAAAUUAGUUGCCCUGGCCUCGGAUCUGGUUGGCGAAUUGGAACAACUGGCUCACAGUAAUGAUCGUUACGCCCACAUUACCGUCGACGAGAUUCACGCGGGACGUCCGGGUCAGAACUCGGUGAGCCAUGUGGACCUGGUGCUGGACGUCAAGACAGACAAUGAGAACAUCCGCCAGUACAUCCUCAGAGCGAUCGGCCCCAAGGCGAAAGAAGUGUGCCGCGGUGCCGGGGUCAAACACCCGCCCGAGGUCGAGAUCUUUUCCCGCGCGCCCCUCACCCUGAACAACGCCAGCCUCGCCGAGGACCUCCAGCAAGCAUUCGGCAAACACUUCGGGGAAGACAAGACCCGCCCCAGGGCUCCGCUUUCUCUGGCCUGCGAUGACUUCUCCAGGCUCGCAGCACCGCAUGGCAUUCCUUACGUGAUGUGGCACCUUGGGCGACGAGCGCCGUCGGCACGCGAACCCUCUCAAUUUGCUGAGCUUAUUCGCCAUGUUCCUUUCAACGACUCACCCUACAAUGCCCCUGUGCUCCGGCCGACUUUGCUCACGGGCACGGAUGCACUGGCUCUUGCAGCACUUACCCUUCUCGGAGAUGAUGAUACUUCUUAG